AUGUUUUCCUCUUCCAUACUCAUUUCCAUCGAACACACCAUUUUUGUUAUUUUAGCAUUCAGUUGCACUCAGAAAGAGUAGUGUCUUGUUUGAUUUCGUUACAUAAGAAAGAAACAUAAUGGAGGGAGGUGAUGUAUACAAAGCAAUUAACAGUUUACGAUCAAGAAGUUCAAAAGUUUGGAGAAACAGUGGCGAAGACGUAUUCUCAAGGUCUUCUCGCGGAGAGGAUGAUGAAGAAGCUCUCAAAUGGGCUGCACUUGAGAGGCUCCCUACCUACAACCGUCUCAAGAAAGGCUUGUUGACAGCAUCUCAUGGUGCUGUCAAUGAAAUCGAUGUCACUGAUCUUGGCUUCCAAGAAAGACAGAAACUUCUUGACAAGUUGGUCAAAGUAGCUGAAGAGGACAAUGAAAAGUUCUUGUUAAAACUCAAGGAGCGAAUUGAAAGAGUUGGGCUUGAUAUUCCAACAAUCGAAGUUCGAUAUGAGCACCUUAAUAUCGAGGCAGAGGCUAUUGUGGGAAGUAGAGCUUUGCCAUCUUUCAUCAAUGCUGUUACUAAUGUCAUAGAGGGGUUUCUAAAUAUUCUCCAUAUUAUACCAAGCAAGAAGAAACACGUGACUAUUCUUAAGGAUGUUAGCGGGAUUAUUAAACCUCGCAGGAUGACACUGCUUUUGGGUCCUCCAAGUUCAGGAAAGACCACACUUCUUUUGGCCUUGUCUGGAAAACUUGAUAAAAGUCUGAAGGUAUCUGGGAGAGUGACUUACAAUGGGCAUGAAAUGAAUGAGUUUGUGCCUCAAAGAACUGCUGCGUACAUCAGCCAACAUGAUGUGCAUAUGGGGGAAAUGACUGUGAGGGAAACAUUAGCUUUCUCAGCAAGGUGCCAAGGGGUUGGAUCACGUUAUGACAUGCUAUCUGAGUUGUCUAGAAGAGAGAAAGCAACAAAUAUCAAGCCUGACCCUGAUCUUGAUUUCUACAUGAAGGCAACAGCAACAGCAGGCCAGGAGUCAAGCAUCGUAACAGAUUAUAUAAUGAAGAUUUUGGGGUUGGAUAUAUGUGCUGAUACUAUGGUGGGGAAUGAAAUGUGGCGUGGAAUCUCUGGAGGACAAAGGAAGCGUCUUACUACAGGAGAGAUGUUGGUUGGACCAGCAAAUGCUUUAUUCAUGGAUGAAAUCUCCACAGGGUUGGACAGCUCCACAACAUUCCAGAUUGUGAGCUCUCUCAGGCAAUAUGUUCACAUUCUAAAUGGAACUGUUGUUAUAUCUUUGCUCCAGCCAGCACCCGAGACUUACGACCUUUUUGAUGACAUUAUCUUAAUCUCUGAUGGCCAAGUUGUUUACCAUGGCCCUCGUGAAUAUGUUCUCGACUUCUUGGAAUCUAUGGGCUUCAGAUGUCCUGAGAGGAAAGGUGUUGCUGACUUUCUUCAAGAAGUGACUUCCAAGAAAGAUCAAGCACAAUAUUGGGUGCGCAGCGAUCAACCAUACAGAUUUGUCACUGUCACUCAAUUUGCUGAGGCUUUCCAGUCAUUCCAUAUUGGUAGGAAACUUGCAGAGGAGCUUAUAGUUCCAUUUGACAAGACUAAAAACCACCCUGCUGCAUUAACCACGAAGAAGUAUGGUAUCAACAAGAAGGAGCUGUUAAAGGCUAACUUCUCAAGGGAGUAUUUGCUUAUGAAAAGGAAUUCAUUUGUUUACAUCUUCAAGCUGUGUCAGAUUUUCGUCAUUGCGUUGAUUGCAAUGACAGUAUUUUUCCGAACUGAGAUGCAUCAUGAAAAUCUAAAGGAUGCGGGUGUUUAUGGUGGUGCUAUAUUUUUUACAUUAUCAAUUAUUAUGUUUAAUGGAAUGGUCGAGCUUUCUCUGACCAUUGUUAGGCUUCCUGUUUUCUACAAGCAACGGGACAGUCUUUUUUAUCCCUCUUGGGCAUUUUCUAUUCCUUCAUGGAUUCUCAAGAUUCCUAUUACAAUAGUGGAGGUCGCUGUCUGGGUAUGUCUCACCUACUAUGUUAUUGGAUUUGAUCCAAAUGUUGGGAGGUUCUUCAAGGAGUUCCUUGUGCUAUUAUUUGUAAGCCAGAUGGCUGCUGGAUUAUUCCGAGCUAUUGCAGGACUUUGUAGAAACAUGAUUGUCACAAACACAUUAGGAUCUUUUUCUCUUCUCGUGCUUUAUACAUUAGGUGGCUUCGUUCUGUCAAAAAAGCAUAUCAAAAGCUGGUGGAUUUGGGGUUUCUGGAUUUCACCUAUUAUGUAUGGGCAAAAUGCUUUGAUGGUCAAUGAAUUCCUUGGUAACAGUUGGCACAACGCUACCCACAAUUUAGGAGUUCAAUAUCUGGAGAGUCGUGCAUUCUUCACACAUUCAUAUUGGUAUUGGUUAGGCAUUGGAGCACUGGUUGGAUAUACGCUACUUUUCAACAUGAUAUAUGGUUUUGCUCUUGAGUUCCUUGACUCAUUUGAUAAGCAACAAGCAAUAAAAACUGAAGAAGAACCAGAAACAAAUACACCUAAUGAAAGAACCGUAACAGAAGUUGAAUUACCAUGCAUAGAAGGUUCUGGGAAAUCUGAUUCUGUUGUGGAGUCUAGCCAUGGAAAGAAAAAAGGAAUGAUUCUUCCUUUUGAACCACAUUCUAUCAUCUUUGAUGAAAUUGUAUACUCUGUUGUCAUGCCACAGGAAAUGAAGCAACAAGGUGCACAAGAAGACAAAUUGAUGCUUUUGAAGGGUGUUAGUGGUGCAUUCAGGCCUGGUGUUCUCACAGCUUUGAUGGGUGUAAGUGGGGCUGGUAAGACUACUUUGAUGGAUGUUCUGGCUGGUAGGAAAACCGGUGGAUAUAUCGAAGGAAGCAUCAAAAUUUCUGGAUACCCUAAGAAGCAAGAAACAUUUGCUCGUAUCUCUGGCUACUGUGAGCAAAAUGAUAUCCACUCGCCUCAUGUUACAGUUUAUGAAUCCUUGCUCUACUCAGCAUGGCUUCGUUUACCUUCAAGUGUUGAUUCCAACACCAGACAGAUGUUCAUUGAAGAAGUGAUGGAACUGGUGGAGCUGAACCCGUUAAGGAAAUCCCUGGUUGGAUUGCCUGGUGUGAGUGGUCUCUCAACUGAACAACGUAAGAGGCUGACUAUUGCAGUUGAAUUAGUGGCUAACCCGUCCAUCAUUUUCAUGGAUGAGCCUACUUCUGGAUUAGAUGCAAGAGCUGCUGCAAUUGUUAUGAGAACAGUCAGGAACACUGUGGACACCGGAAGAACUGUUGUCUGCACAAUCCAUCAGCCUAGCAUUGACAUAUUUGAAGCUUUUGAUGAGCUAUUACUAUUGAAGCGUGGAGGACAAGAAAUAUAUGUUGGGCCACUGGGUCGCCAUUCUAGGCAUUUGAUCAAGGAUUUUGAGAGCAUUGAAGGGGUGAGCAAAAUCAAAGCCGGAUAUAACCCGGCUACUUGGAUGUUGGAAGUUACAACUACAACACAAGAACUUAGUUUGGGUGUCGAUUUUGCUGAGUUGUACAAGAAUUCUGAUCUAUAUAGGAGAAACAAGCAGCUCAUACAAGAACUUGGUCAGCCUUCUCCUGGUUCAAAGGAUCUUCAUUUCCAAACUCAAUACUCUCAAUCAUUCUGGGUCCAAUGCCAAGCUUGCUUAUGGAAACAGCAUUUGUCAUAUUGGCGUAAUCCGCCUUACACUGUUGUGAGGUUUUUUUUCGUUAUUCUCAUAUCCCUGUUUUUUGGAUCAAGUUUCUGGGACCUUGGAGGAAAACAUUCAGAUAGGCAAGACCUAUUGAAUGCUCUAGGUUCAAUGUUCAUUGCUGUUCUCUUUAUCGGAGUACAACAUUGUAACUCUGUACUGCCUGUGGUAUCAGUUGAAAGAAGUGUCUUUUACAGAGAAAAAGCUGCUGGAAUGUAUUCUGCCUUACCCUAUGCAUUUGCACAAAUUCUGGUAGAGCUACCCUAUAUCUUUUCUCAAGCCAUGAUAUAUGGUGUGAUAGUUUAUGCCAUGAUCGGAUUUGAAUGGACUGCAAAGAAAUUCUUUUGGUAUCUAUUUUUCAUGUACUUCACAUUGUUGUACUACAUCUUCUAUGGCAUGAUGGCUGUGGCACUGACACCAAACCAGCAUACUGCUUCCAUUGUGGCUUCUGCAUUUUUUGCAAUUUGGAUUCUCUUCUCAGGAUUUGUUAUCACAAGACCUAACAUACCCAAAUGGUGGAGAUGGUACUAUUGGGCAUGUCCAGUGUCCUGGAGCUUAUAUGGAUUGGUUGCAUCUCAGUUUGGUGAUAUAAUGACUCCAAUGACGUCUGAAGGCAACAAGCCUGUGAAAUAUUUCGUAGAAGACUAUUUUGGUAUUAAACAUGACUUCCUUGGUGCUUGUGCUGUUGCGGUGCCUGGCUUUGGUAUUCUCUUUGCAUUUAUUUUUGGUAUUGCAAUCAAGAAUCUUAACUUCCAAAACAGAUAAUUGGACUCUUUCUCGUGUCUGUUUGAUGAUUUGGUUAUCGACAUUGAAGGUUUCCCAGGCAAUGACAAGAGGAAGAACUAGUUAGAAGUAUCAGAAACUGCUCAGUAGGGUUUAAUUUAGGUCUUUUUGUUUCGGUUGGAGUCCUACCUAUAAUUUACUAGUUUUUUUCGAUGUAUUUUUCAUAUUGUGAUCGUUUGAUGUAUCGGCUUCUUUGUAAUAAAUAAAUGGAAAGACUAAAACUAAGUUAUCUUUA